AUGCCCGUGCUGCGCCAGAUCCGCGAGCGCUUCGCAAAGGAAAAGCCGCUCACAGGCUUGCGCGUAGCGGCCUGCCUGCAUGUAACCAGUGAGACCGCCAACCUGCUGCUCGCGCUGCAAGACGGCGGCGCCGAAACCGCCAUCUGCGCCAGCAACCCGCUCAGCACGCAGGACGAUGUGGCAGCCGCGCUAGUUCACGAGUACGGCAUACCCACCUUCGCCAUCAAGGGCGAGGACAGCGAGACCUACUACUCGCACAUCAACUCCGCCCUUGAUACCAAGCCCCAUAUAACGAUGGACGACGGCGCGGACCUCGUGGCGACGCUUCACACCGACCGCACCGAUGCGCUCGACGGGCUCAUCGGCGGCUCAGAAGAGACCACAACAGGCGUCAUCCGCCUUCGCAGUCUUGCCGAAGCGGGCAAGCUCAAGUACCCAAUCAUCGCCGUCAACGACGCCGACACCAAGCACUUCUUCGACAACCGCUACGGCACGGGCCAGAGCACCCUCGACGGAAUCACCCGAGCCACCAACAUCCUCUGGGCGGGCAAGACGGUGGUCCUCGCCGGCUACGGCUGGUGUGGACGCGGCGUCGCCCUCCGCGCUCGCGGCAUGGGCGCGCAGACAGUCGUAACCGAGAUCAACCCUAUCCGCGCGCUCGAAGCCGCGAUGGACGGCCAUCAGGUCAUGAGCAUGGACAACGCCGCGAAGAUCGGCGACAUCUUCAUCACGCUCACCGGCGGAAUUAAAGCCGUCGGACGCCAGCACAUCGAGGUGAUGAAAGACGGUGCAAUUCUCGCCAACAGCGGCCACUUCAACGUGGAGAUCGACAUCCCCGCGCUUGAGGAACUCGCAGACGGCAAGCAGGAAGUGCGCCCAUUCGUUGACGAGUAUCUAAUGGGAGACGGAAGGCGUCUCAACCUGCUGGGUGAAGGACGCCUCAUCAACCUCGCAGCCGCCGAGGGGCACCCUUCCGCUGUCAUGGACAUGAGCUUCGCCGACCAAGCCCUCUCAGCCGAGUACCUUGCGCAGUUCGCGCACUCGCUCAAGCCGCAGGUGUACGACGUGCCCCGCGACAUAGACGAAGAGGUCGGACGCCUGAAGCUGCUGUCCAUGGGCAUCACCAUCGACACGCUUACGGCAGAGCAGGAAGAGUACCUCGGAAGCUGGGAAGUAGGAACUUGA